UUGUCAACCGGUGUUACAGUCGGCAUCGGAAGUAAAUGUCAAACACUAAACACUGAUUGCUUAGCCGGUUUAAGCUAUCAUUUUUGUCGUUUUACCUACUCUUAAUUCUACAAAUUAAAUGAUAUGGCAAUAAGUAAUAAAUCUUUUUUCCUAUAAAAUUGAUCUUUAAACAUUGAAAACGAACCAUUGAAAAAUAUUAAUGAAAAGCAGCUUUGUUAUCCACGAGUAGAAAUUGCCCUCCAAAAUGUCGGGAAAAGCAUAUACAAUGAAGGAAAUGAAAACUAUAGUAGAAUAUUUAACGGAGCACAAAGCCUUUGGUGAAAUUAAAGGCAGGAAAAUGUGGAAGGACUUAGCAGAUUCAAAGGUUACAAGUAGAACAUGGCAAAGCUUAAAGGAGACAUUUCUUAAAAGAAUAUUACCUGAUAUUCAUAAUCCUUACUACAAGUUAUCUAACCAUGAAAUAGCAAGUUUUAAACAAGGACAUGAUGUAGAAGCAAGAUUAAACAACAAGCUUCAAAUUAGAUCAACUAGUCGAGAUUCAACCACAGAAAGUGAAGGCAUAAUAAAUGAAGAACCUGACAACGGUAAAGACAAGAAUGAAACAAAUACUGCAGAUGAUGGUGAAGGAUCAAACGAUGAACCUAAAAUGCAAAUAGUUGAGAUUCCAGACACAGAUUUUAAUAAUGAUGAAGUUAAAGACAAAACGGAGGUGUCUGCAGAAAAUGUAGAAUCCAACAAUGCUUUGGAAGAAAAAACUACUCAUGAACCAGGCAAAACAAUUAAUGAGUCACCUCAAAAACCAGAAUCAGAGGAUCCAUUAUCAAAGAAUGAUACUUUGAAUGUAAAAAACAAAAAUGAAGAAAUCUCAAUUGUACUAAGUGAUGAUGAUAACACUACUAAAAGUAACAGAAACUCAACUGAUGUAAAUCUUUCUGAUAUAAAUAAACCAAAAACCUCAAUUGAAACUACACAAAAUUCCAACACAAUAACUGAUACUCUUUUACCUGAUAACCAAGAAGGAUUUAAAGAAAACUCUCAAACAUUGCUAUUAAAAAUAAAUAAUAAAACAAUAGAUAAGAAUAAAGAUAUAAAACGUGCUAAGAAAAGAGCUAACUCUCAAGAAAAUCCAUCUUCAGCCAUUAGUAAAAAGAGACUGGAAAAAGACAAACUAUCCAUAUCAGAUACAGACACAUUAAUCAAAAACAAAAACAAACUAUCAACUAGAUCUAGCCCACUCACAUUCAACCAAAAAAUCCCUGAAGAAGUUGAGGAGCCAGUCUUACUAGGAAAUUCAAAAGGUGACCAAGUAAUGGAAGAUGCACCUCCACAAAAAGAACAAGAUGACAAAAAGACUGAAAACUUAAAAGAUAAUGAAAAUAAUUCAGAAGAGCUUGAGAACCCAUGUUUAAAAAGUGUAAGUUUGUAUGCUGAACAAUUUUCAAACUCCAAGUACACUGAUUCUGAAACAAGUAAUAUUGAAGAUAAUACCAAAAAUGAAAAACAAAACAAAAAGGAAGAAGUCUCUGAAACUAAGAAGGACCAAAAGAUAAAAGCUACAAACAAUUUUGGUGUCAAAUACACCAAAGCAAGUACUGAUGUUAAGAAAACACCAGUCGAAGAAAAAAAAACAAAUACUAAUGCAGCAAAAGAGGUUGUGAUACUAAAGUCUCAUUCCGAUUCCAUUAGUGAUAGUGGUAAGGAACAACAGAAAAAAGUUGUCGAGCCUUCAGUAAAACAAAAUAGAGACAAAGCCUUGGCAAAUAUGUUUGGAUUUUCAAGUGGUGGAGUAACUAGAAGUCGCAAAAGUAGUCACAAGUAUAGAAAACAAACAUCUCGUAAACAAAAACACAAUAUCAGCUCUGACUCAACUGACUGGACUUCGGAUACCGGAUCGGAAUACAUUUCUCCACCGCGAGGUCGAAAGAAUAGACAGACUCGGAAAUAUUUAAAACCUAAAUCGGCCCGAAUAUUGUCAUUGGAGGAGGAAGGCGGUCUGUUCGUAAUGUACGGCAAGAAAAUAUAUCCAAUUGUGAAGGACGGCAAAAUAAUUAAAAACUACGUCAACUUGGCACCAGACAAUGAUAAUGAACGAGAAGAGUCGUUUUGGAAAUUGAAAUAUGUGGAGGAAAAAAAGAGAACUGCUGAAUUAACAAAAUUGUUGAAUCAGGUCAAGGAGCAAAAUGAGCAAGAAGAAAUUAGCAGAAUUCCUGCACUGGCGACAACUUCCAGAAAUCAGUUUUUGGAUGAAAAUCCGAAGAAAAUCAGUGAAGUAGCUACAGAUAAAAAAAUUCCCACUGAUAAAGAUGUUGCAGAACCAAUAGCUGUACAUACACAAGGAGAGAAAACAGUUAAAAUUAAGUUUACCAAAAACAAUGAGGAAGUGCAAUUGGAGGGCCACUGGACACACGUCAACCCAGUCUUAGCGCAGGUGAUGCAGCUGUUUCAGAAAGAACCAGAAAUUAUAAUCAAGGAGACAACAAAAGUUAAAGAGCUGCCAGCCACUGGGCCACAGCAGCUUAGUGGAAAAUCAACACCUAUACUUGAAAUGAUUGUCGACGAAGAAGUACAAGAAAAGGUUGACCAAAUUGAAGGCGAAAUCUUUAAAGAAAUAGAAGAGAGAGAAAAAGAAAAAUCACCCACACCUAAACAAGAGAUACCAAAAACGGAGAACAAUAUCACAAAAAGAAGAGGACGACCAAAAAAAUCGCAAACUAGUGCUACUGAACAAAGCCCAGCAAAGAAACCAAGAGUUGAAGAAACUGAAGCUAAACCAGAUGAAGUAGGCACUCCAACAGUACCAAACUCUGUUACAACCAAAAAAUCUACUAGGACUCCAAAGAAGAUUUUAACAGAUAAUACUGGCGUAACUGAAGAUAAUUUUAUUAAAACAAGACAAACUGCUAAAAAAUCGUUAGAAGACACAACAAAGGAUUCAGGGCCUCAAGACGACAACGUUAGGUACAAGUUCCCAUCACGUUCCCCAGCGAAUAGAAAAUCGUAUUCCAACAACAGAUCACAGAAAGUAACAAAAAAUACAAGACAGAGAAAAUCUAGCAGUUCGGUGAACUUCAAAAUAUAUUCCUCGCCAGAAAACCUUUCCCUUCAUUCUAUAGAAAGUACGCAAGGUUAUCAAGAUUCGGACGACAGUCCCGUAAAGACAUAUCUAAAGAGAAAGAAACGAACGAGCUUCACAUUAGCACCCUAUAGAACUAGAAGUCAAAGUCGUUCUCAAAAAGUAAACCCUCCUUAUUUGACCGAUGACUUCACAAGCGAGUCGAGUAACUCUUACCAGGGACCUCCUCUACAGUCAAUGGUAAUUCAAAACUCGACUCUAAAAUCGGAUGUGUAUAAAUCAGAUUCUUACCAACUACUGAUGAAUAACGUUACAUUACGAAAUAAAAGUUCUUCUCAACUUGAAAAAAUUAAUGAAGCGAGUCCGAUCUCAGACGAAUUACAAUACAUAAGCGAUCAAAUUUGUAAACAGAUUUCCGAUUUUGAAAUCGACAUGGAAGGCCAAGAAAAAGAAAAUUUCCGUCAUACAAACACUGAUAGUUCGAGCAAUGUAACACUUCCAACUUCGCCAGUUUUGUCAAUAGUGGAAAAUAUAUCAAUAAAUAAAUCUUUAUUAAACAAUUCACAUGACUCUUUGCUUGAAAAUAAGCGCCCGGAAAACGAUCCAAACGAACAUAUAAUGUUAAAUGAGCUCAUGGAAACAGACGGAGAUGUAUCUAUGCCGCUGAUGGACCGGGACUGUGGUGUUGAAACAGCCACGCAAAAUGGUGUAGAAUACCAUUACAAUUUAAAUGUGCCUAAAACAACUGCAGCAGUGUCUGAGUCGUUUCUCAAUAAAAUAAAUACAGUUAACAUUACAGAUCCAACCUUGUCUGAUUCCUUUCACUAUAAACUAAGAGAUUUAAUUUUGGAAAGUGCUAAGAAAAAUUUGAAAGGCGACUAUAUUUUAAUGGAAAAUUGCAAAGAUGUAGAAAUGAAAGAAAAUGUAGAAACUAAAGUUAGUAAAUCUAAAAAACGAAGCUCUACGCCUCGCAAACGCCAAAGCACACGUAAACUAAAACUAGCCAACACCGAACCCUGUAUUGAAGAAGAGCACAUGGAGACUUGUUCAUACACAAGUCGGAAGUCAUGCCCGCCUAUGAUCCAAGUUUCUGAAUAUUUAGACAUGGAACUUGAAAGGAAUAAUUCUGUUAAAAUUUCUGAACAACCUAGAGGGAGAAGGAAAAAAGAUAUCAUAAAGGUAAAAAUUUCAAAACCGAAACAGAAAAAGAUAUCAAAAGAAGUUGUAGAAAAGAAUAUUCAAAAUAAACAGAAUUCUAUCCAUACAGAUAGUGGCAUAAAUGAUGUUGAGUCAGGUGUAUUUCUUAAUACUUUCAAUGACAGCGUUGAUCUUAUACAUAAUCAUUCCGAAACUUGUCUUAACGCCAAUGAAUGCUUAGGAGACAGCAUUGAAAUAAUUAAGAAUGCCACUAAGUCAAUCAUAUCCUUGGAUUCUGACUCCAAUGAUUUUGAUGGAAACAUACCACAGUUCUUCGGCAAUGUACCAGAUAAAAUGGCCUACGAGUUAUUCUCCAGUGAUGCUCAAGAUGUGUCUGUACUUCAAAAAGUAAUUGGUGUACCGGAGUACAAAACCGCCGAAAGUGCUAGCGCCACCGUCUAUCAUACCCCUCUAGGAAGUCUGUCGCCUCCAGAUAGUCUCAUAACAGAAGACUUAUCCGGUGAAAUUCCCGAAAAGAUAACUCGUAAUACAAGAUGGUAUCUCCUUUCGGAAGAUGAAAUUUCUAAUACUAAUAACUUGGACAUUAACCAAAACAUAAUGGCCCCUGUAAGCUUCGGCGCCAACUUAAACCAAAUAUUUCCUAUUACAUGUGCCAUUCCUGAUCUAUCCACUAUUACAGAAAUGUCUAAAGAAAAUGAUGAAAAUACAAGAAAAUCCAGUAAUGAUAUGGAUACGAGAAAUGAUUUAGAUUCACAGAGUUUGUUUAAUUAGUCAUAUGUUAUUUAUUUGUUAAUUGAUUUAUAUUAAUUAUAAUAUAUUCAGUAAAUAAUUUAUAUGUUAAUGUUUUCUUUGAAAGGCUUAAAAACAAAUUAUUCAUAUUCAUU